AUGAGAUCCAAAUGUAACGUCCACCGGCAGCAGCGGCUAGCGGCAUCGGAGGCUAAGGACCAGGGUGGGCGGGAUGCAGUCGGUGAGGAGAUUGGACGCACAGGAAGGCGUCCCGCAAGGACAAGAGUGGCCGGUCCGCCACGUAUGUCGCUCGGUGCGGCAAUGCUGCUGGCCAUGCUGUUAGGUCCGGCCCUAGAAUUGCGCCAUGGUCCGAGUACGUGCGUUAGGGGGAGCGAAUUUCCCGAGCGGGAAUGCUGCGAUCCCGUUUAUCCACCGAUGCCCGACCCGGAACCGGUCCCGGGUCCGGCCUACCCGACGACGACGAUUUCCACCUCCUCCUCGUUCCAGACCGGCCAGAGCGGGAUGGCGGGGGGCGGGUUGGUGGGCGGUGGAAUCGGAGGGGCAGGAUCGACGGCGGUAGGGAACGAGCUGGGUGGUGGCCUGAUCGGAACGGGUUCCGGUAGUCAACUGUCAUCCUCGCGUCCGAUGCAUAUCGGCUACUCCGGAUCGAAUAUUAAGACUGCAAUAGCUAUUUUAAAUUGUAUAUUAGCACGACAGCUGUGCUUCGAGGACCCGUCAUGUUCAGCCAUCCUGGAGAUUAUACCGCGCGUCUGUGGGCCAGUGCCGGUUGCCUGCAGCACGGUUACCGUAACGAAAUGUCAGGCCGCCCUCCGGACGCUCCAGGCGUUUCCAUUUUUCCGGCCCACCUGUCUGUGCAAGGAGCCGGGUAUCGAUCCGGACUGUAAUUAUUUUCGGGACUUCCUGUUCGAUCAUCCCUGCGGUUUCGUCUCAAAGAAAGAAAAAGACCCCUACCCGGUGGAUGCGUUGCCGACGUGCAAUCAUGCACUAUCCGUGUGCCAGCAGGAGCGCAAGUGUAUAAAAUUAUUUGAAGAUUUUAAGCUACACUGUAAAGUGCGGGAAAAUAAAUGCCGCAUGGAAGAUAGGGAUUUGUGCUACGAAGCGUGGACUAAUCUGCGAUUAUCGCCGAUGUUCGGCUGCAUCUGCCCGAAUAAUCACAUGAAGCGCAGAUGUGAUAAAAUAUUUAGCGUUGUUAACCAUAAUCCUUGCGUCGAUGUGCUUCCCUCCGCACUAGAUACAUCUUCUGGCACCGCAACUAAUUCCAUCUAUCCGAACUUCUUUCCCUCCGACAUCAUUGAAGAUCCUCCGCCCACCAGCACCUAUCCAUACUUUCUGUUUCCCUCCAAGAAGUACCCACCGUCGGCAUUCGGGUCUGCCAUUUACCACGCUACCGUGGACUAUAUCAAUCUACCCGAUGGGCCCGGGUUGGGUCCAUCGUCCAACGGCUCCACCCCGGAAACAGAUCAAUCCUCUUCCUUCUCCUCCUCUUCCUCCUCCAAUGCCCGUCAGCAUCCGGGAACAGAGCACAACUAUCGCACUAGAUACGAGCACAAUUUUGACACCAGCAUGCACCACACCAAGCACCAAAGUCCCACUCAUAGUAGCAGUAAUAAUGCACCCAUCGCACCGCCGUGGCCUGAUCAGCACCAGCACCAGCAGCAUCAGUACCGACACGGCGAGAACGGUACUGCCGAUCCUACCGGUCACGUUGGUAUGGGACGAUGGGAUAGCAUGUCGGUCCCAUCCGACCUCCAGCAGCAACCGGAGACUGUGCGGGCAAUGGGUGUGGACGAUAAUUAUCACCGUCUGCUGGACCAGAAUAUGGCCCUGAUCGAGACGCCGCUGGUUGCGCCACCGCAUGCCUACUAUCCGCAGCACUACAAGACGGCACUGUAUCCGUACAACGUCAGCGGCUACCAUCAUCUGCAUCAGCACGGUGCCGGUGGCCACUUUGGCAGCCACCAGCACCAGCACCAGCAUUCGUACGGUGGGUUCGAGUACGAAUACGCAACCGGCGGUGGUGCUGGUGGUGGCAUCGGGGGCCCCGGUACCGGUGGCUACCUGGCCGCAUCGGCCGGGUCCGCUCCGGUCGACAAUAUUCUGAUCAGUGUGAACGGUGGCAAUGGAGAUGCGGCCAUCGAGCUCGACGGUUCGAGCUACGAGCAUACAGUGGACAAACAAUUCGGAUCGGACGACAUCGAAGAGAAGGAGGCGGAAAUGAGUUUUAUUCACUUCCAAAGUACCUGCCACCUGGCGCUGGACUCCUGUCGCGACGAUCAGGUAUGCUCGUCAGCGCUGAAGACGGUCCUGAUGCACUGCGAUCAGCACCGGUGCAAUCGCAACGCGUGCAUGGAGUCGCUGCAGAGCUUCUACAAGAGCAUCCACGACGAUCUCAGUCUGGACAUUGCAUUUUGUCUGUGCAGAAAAACACCGAACCGGCACGACAGCUGUAUGAUCGCGCAGGAGAAGCUGCAUCCCGUGUGUGCCCAGCGGCCACCGGAAAGCCUCAGCCAGCAGUCUUCAUCGGCCGGUAACGGCAUCACGUACAAUGCGCCGCCAGCGUGCCACGCGGUAGCGGAACUGUGCCGUGAGGAUGAAGACUGCCGCGCCCGGCUGGAGGUGUUCGAGCAGUCCUGUGCGGUGGACAGUGUGACCAAGAAGUGUGCCGGAAAGACGAGCGCUUGCAGGCAGGCUAUGCUUGGCAUUCUGGGCACACCGCUCAGGACAACCUGCGCCUGCCAGGGCUCGGACAUGCAGCAGCUGUACGACUGUCUAGGCUGGCAGCGACUGCUCUGGCUCAAUCCAUGCGUCGUGGAGUCGCAAAAAGACUUUCACCUUAAACGGCUGGCAGAACUGGGACUACUGACGACUACGACUACUAUGGCAACAACCACCACAACCAUCGCCACAACAACCACCAUGAGAACCACACGUGUCACACAGCCACCAACACUUCCUCCGACAAAACCGAAACCCGUAUAUCGACCAAAACCAACCGAAAUGCAUACGAUUGAAACGAACUACGUCGAGACACCCGACACACGGCCGGAAACGCUAGUGCACAAUCAGAAUGGUGUGAUCGAACGUUCCGAUAUCGAUCGGGGCCGUCAACAUCCACAGCCUGAUGAGUACGAUCGGUCAACCGGCACCCGGCACCAGUCGGUCAACACGGACAGCGAGGAUGAUAUAGUGGGGCAGUAUGAGAAGGAAAUCUACCAAAGACCCGACGAGCAGGUCCUGCACGUGGCCAGCACCGAGGUACAGGAGGUGGAGACACUUCCACCGACAACCAUUACUACGACCACUACUGAACCGACGACAACACCCAUUCCAAUUCGAUACUGCGUCGUGCAGAGAUCUGAACAGCCUGAUCAGCUGAUUGCAGAAGGGAAGAGUCGUCGGCUCUACAUCUUGGACGAUGCAGAAUGCAGCGAGCUGUGUACGUGUGGUGGUGGAGACUCACUCGCGCUCACCUGUCAUGCACUGUGCGUUCCACUGUUUCCCUGCCGGACUGCCCUUGCGUACUACAGCCAUGCCGCCCCGGCAUACCAAGCGUUCCGUGGACGAUGCCUCUGCUACUCGGGACGGUUCAUUUGCAUGAGGCCACCACCGGGAGAGUAUCAGCUGCCGGGUGGUAUCUUUCUUUUACUAGGAUAUAGUUCUACCGACGAAGCACUGUUAAGACCGCACACUAACUUAGGAGUACAGGACGCCGUACGUGCCCUACAGCAAUACGUCCUGCAGCAUAUCGAUAACUCGACCCUCUGUACAUUGACACUGUUUAACAUCACGGAAGAAAAUAUCAUUCUUUCGAUCAGGCUACCGCUCGAUCCGAAGCUCACACCGAUGCAGUUGUUAAAGCUGGAAAAGGACCAGUGCACCAGAAUACUGGAAGCAAUCAGCCAUCAGAUCAACACGCAGUACGUAGAACUGUCCGCUCACCGAUUGCUCAGCAUCUUCAAGAUGGCCGAGGUGCAGAUCGUAUGGCCCGAGGUCAGCAAUGCCCGGCGACACACGACCCCAUCGCUGGCGGUCAGCCUGUUCACGGGUGUGGCGACGGUGCUGCUAACGCUCUGCGGCACACUGGUGCCACCCUUUGUCCGGUGGACCCAACACCAUCAACGAUGGCCGGCAGCAUCGCGGUUGGUCACGUGA